AUGGCUAACAAGUGGCUGCUAUGUCUGACCCUGUCAGCCAUCGUAGCAGCUUGGCACAGCGGUGUGAGUCCAAUCCACAAUGGCCAGAUCUGCAGUACGUGGGGCAACUACCACUUCAAAACCUUUGAUGGGGAUGUUUUCCAGCUGCACUCCACCUGCAACUAUGUCCUAACCUCUGUAUGCAUGAGCAGUUACAAGGACUUUGACAUCCAGAUAAGAAGACACGAGGAUGACGGCCGCCCCACCAUCAAAAUCAUCACCAUGAAGCUGGAGGGGUUGGUGGUGGAGCUCUCUAAAGGCUCUGUGGUCAUUGAUGGCAAAUCAGUCAUCCCACCAGUCAGUCAAGCAGGAGUGCUCAUUGAGAAAACUCCCACCUACAUCAAGAUCAAAGCAAAGCUGGGAUUGUUUGCUAUCUGGAAUGAGGAGGACUCAUUUCUGGUGGAGCUAGACCAGAAGUACAAGAACCAAACCUGCGGUCUUUGUGGCGACUUCAAUGGGGUCCAGCUCCACAACGAAUUCUACAGCCAUGGUAUGAAAAUAUCCCCCAUGGAUUUUGCUAACUUCUGGAAAAUGGAUGGACCAACUGAGAGCUGCUCUGACUACACACUGGAAUCAACAGAAAGCUGCGAUAACUUGAAACCUCUGUGUGAGCAGAUCCUUACAGGACCGGCUUUCAACAGCUGCCACAGUCUGCUGGACGUUGCCUCCUUCACUUCUGCUUGUGUUACGGACCUCUGCCACUGCGGCAAUGGCAUGGUUAAACACGCAGACCCCUUCUGCCUGUGCAACACUGUGUCUGAGUUCUCUAGACAAUGUGUCCAUGCUGGUGGCAAGCCCAGUAACUGGAGGACCAAAGAGCUUUGCUGGAAAUCAUGUCCUGACAAAAUGGAGUACAAAGAGUGUGGGAGCCCGUGUGCUGAUACCUGCUCCAACCCAGAGGCCAGUCACACCUGUGACAAUCACUGUAUCGAUGGAUGCUUCUGCCCCACAGGCAUGGUGCUGGAUGAUUUAAAAGGAACUGGUUGUGUCCCACUGAGCCAGUGCUCUUGCAGCUACAAUAACAAGAUCUAUGGUCCUGGAGAAUCUUACUCCAGUAACUGCAAAAAAUGUGUGUGUGAGAGUGGCGAGUGGACGUGUACAGAAGAGAACUGUCCAGGAACCUGCUCUGUGGAGGGAGGAGCUCACGUCAACACAUUUGAUGGAAAAGUCUACACCUUCCAUGGGGACUGCUCCUACGUCCUGGCUAAGGAUUGCAAUGGAGCUGGGUUUAUGGUGCAUGGAGAACUAGUGCAAUGUGGACUGACUGAGAGUGAAACCUGCCUCAAGUCCGUUACUCUUGGUUUGUCUGGAGGAGCUAAUGUGAUUACCGUCCAGCCCAAUGGCAAGGUUUUUGUGAAUGGCAUCUAUGCUCAGUUACCCUUUUCUGCAGCUGGGAUCUCCGCCUUCAGAGCAUCCUCUUUUUUCCUGCUUGUCCAGACGUCAGUUGGUCUUUUGCUGGAGGUGCAGCUCAAGCCAGUAAUGCAGCUCUAUGUCACAGUGACUGCUGACUACCAGGGCAAGACCUGUGGUCUUUGUGGGAAUUUCAAUAAUAACCAGGCUGAUGACUUUCUGAAGCUCAGUGGUGUUCCAGAUGCCACAGCAGCUGGUUUUGUCAACAGCUGGAAGACUCAAGCUGGUUGCCCCAAUAUUAACAGCAACUUUGAGGACCCCUGCAGUCUCAGUCUGGAUAAUGAGAAGUACGCCCAGCACUGGUGCUCCAUGCUCAGUGAUCCUCAGGGAGUGUUCGCCCCCUGUCACUCAGAGAUCAGCCCUGACUCUUACAAAGAGAACUGCAUCUAUGACAGCUGUAACUGUGAGAAAAGUGAGGACUGCAUGUGCGCUGCAGUCUCCUCUUAUGUCCAUGCAUGUGCAGCUGUAGGGAUCCAGCUCAGUGGCUGGAGGAAGACUAUCUGUGGGAAAUAUGCCAGCUCCUGCCCCAGCAGCAUGCUCUACUCAUACAACAUCACAUCCAGCAGUCGCACCUGCCGCUGCAUUGGCACCACAGACCUCAGCUGUCACUUCACCUUCCCGCCCAUUGAUGGCUGUAUCUGUGCAGAGGGAACUUAUCUGGAUGAGUCUGGGAAAUGUGUUUUACCCGGGACCUGUCCCUGCUAUGACAAAGGCUCAGUGGUACCUCCUGGACAGGUUGUCAACAGGGAAGGAGUCAUGUGCACCUGUAAGGAGGGCAAACUCAGAUGCAUUGGAGAGUUUGUUGUACAGCCAUCAGCAUGUGCUCCUCCCAUGGUUUACUUCAACUGCUCUGCUAAUGGUCCAGCUGCUAAAGGGACUGAGUGUGAGAAGAGCUGCAACACGUUAGACAUGGCCUGUAUGACCACAGGGUGUGUGUCUGGCUGUUUGUGUCCGUCUGGAAUGGUGUCUGAUGGUAAUGGAGGCUGCAUCAAGCCAGAGGCCUGUUCUUGUGAUCACAAUGGCAUCUCCUACCAGCCUGGAGAGACCACUAAGGUGGACUGCAACACUUGCACUUGUAAAGACAGGAAGUGGCAGUGCACUACCAAUCAGUGUGAUGGAACUUGUUCUGUCUAUGGGGACGGACACUACAUGACUUUUGAUCAGAAGCGCUUCAAUUUUGAUGGCAACUGUGAAUAUAUUCUCACUCAGGACUACUGUGGUAGUGCUCAGACUAAUGGAUCCUUCAGAGUGAUUACUGAGAACGUGCCAUGUGGAACCACAGGAACCACCUGCUCCAAGACCAUCAAGAUCUUCCUUGGGAGUGCAGAACUGAUUCUGUCAGAGGGAAGCUACCAGCUGCUUUCAAGUGGAGAUGAGGAAACAGUUCCAUUCCGUUACAGCACUAUGGGCAUCUACCUGGUAAUUGAAGCCAACAAUGGACUCAUUUUCAUGUGGGACAGGAGGACCAGUUUGUCCAUCAAGCUCAGCCAAAAAUAUAAGGGUCAUGUGUGUGGACUGUGUGGCAACUAUGAUGGCAAUUCAAAUAAUGACUUCACUACAAGGUGCCAUGCUGUGGUGGUCAACCCACUGGUUUUUGGAAACAGCUGGAAGGAUUCGCCAAGCUGCCCUGAUGCUCAAGGCAACACCAGCCCCUGCACAGCAAACCCAUACAGACAGUCAUGGGCCCAGAAACAGUGCAGCAUUAUACAGAGUGAUGUCUUUUCUUCCUGCCACACAGUUGUGGAUCCUUCUCCGUACUAUGAAGCCUGUGUGUUUGACUCAUGUGCAUGUGACAGUGGUGGAGACUGUGAAUGCUUCUGCACUGCCGUGGCCGCUUACGCUGAAUCCUGUAAUCAAGCUGGCAUCUGUAUACGAUGGAGAACCCCUAAGAUCUGCCCUCUCUUCUGUGAUUACUACAAUCCUCCUGGUGAAUGUGAGUGGCACUACAUGCCGUGUGGAUCCCCUUGUAUGAAAACCUGCAGGAAUCCAUCAGGCAACUGCUCUACACAGAUACCCCCUCUUGAAGGUUGCUAUCCAAAAUGUCCACCUGCUCAGCCAUACUUUGAUGAGGAUACAAUGAAAUGUGUUAUAAAAGAAGAAUGUGGCUGCUACGAUCAAGAUGGGAGACACUAUAACAGUGGUGACACAGUACCAACAACCAAAAACUGUUUUACAUGUACAUGCAGUUCAUUGACCAUCCAAUGCCAUUACGAUGACCAAGCCUGUAAUUGUACAUAUCGUGGAAAGGAAUAUCCUCCUGGCUAUACUAUUUACAACACAACAGAUGGACAUGGUAACUGUAUCACGGCAGUGUGUGGGAAAAAUGGUACCAUUGACAAGAGGUCAUACCCAUGCCCAGUACCAACACCGACAACACAAAUGCCAACCAGUCCGACACCCCCCUUUGUCUUUACAACAACAACAGCUGUAUGAUGUGAGAUUUACCAUAUUACCAUGCCUGAUUAUGUGUCCACAGUCCCUUGUAAUGCCUGUCAGUGGUCACCAUGGUAUGACACCAGCUUCCCAACACUUGGAACUCCAGGAGGAGACAAUGAAACAUUUGCAAACAUUAGAGAAGCAGGGCACAAGAUAUGUGACAACCCAAGCCAGAUCCAAUGUAGAGCUGAGAAAUUUCCUAAUGUCACCAUUGAUGAUGUGGGACAAGUGGUGCAGUGUAACCUGGCUAAGGGGCUGACAUGCAGAAAUGAAGACCAAUCAGGACCACUGGCCUUGUGCUUUAACUACCAAGUCAGAGUUCUAUGUUGUGACUUUAAUGCAUGCCCAACAACACCUGCUCCUCCAACAACUCAGCCAACCACAUCAUCUACCACAACUGAAACAACAACUACAAUACCUUCAACUACUACAACAAAGCCAACUCCCUCUACAACACCUACAGGCUCAACAUCAAAGCCUCCAAUAAUAACCACAACUAUGCCUUGUGAAGAAACAUUAUGCUACUGGUCACAGUGGAUUAGUUCAGACUACCCUCAAUAUGGUCCUGGAGGUGGGGACAAUGAAACUAUCAAACACACCAUCCAGAAAGGGUAUAAGAUCUGUGAGAAUCCAGAGGAAGUUGAGUGUCAGGCUGUGCAUUAUCCAGGGCUUCCCCUAAGUCAAUUAGGACAAACAGUAACAUGUAAUAAGCAAGGACUCCUGUGUGAGAACAAUUUACAGAAUCCUCCCAUUUGUUUGGAUUACGAAAUAAAGGUUAAGUGUUGCAAGACAGUGCAAUGCAGCACAACACCAAAACCUACAACAAAUACUGUCUCAACCAAAUCAACAACACCCUUCAGUACAGCUGAAACAACAUCUAAAAAUCGACCAACUACAACCACUCCACCCUCUACCACAACUAAAGCAACAACUACAAGACCAUCAACUGCUACAACAGAGCCUGCUCCCUCGACACCACCUACAGGCCAAACAACUAAGCCCCCACUAAUAACCACAGCAAUGCCUUGUGAGGAAACAUUAUGCUACUGGUCACAGUGGAUUAGUUCAGACUACCCCCUAUAUGGUCCUGGAGGUGGGGAUAAUGAAACUAUCAGACACACGAUCCAGAAAGGUUACAAGAUCUGUGAGAAUCCAGAGGAAGUUGAGUGUCAGGCUGUGCUUUAUCCAGGGGUUCCCCUAAAUCAAUUAGGACAAACUGUAACAUGUAAUAAAGAAGGACUCCUGUGUGAGAACAAUUUACAGAAUCCUCCCAUAUGUUUGGAUUACGAGAUAAAGGUUAAGUGUUGUAAGACAGUGCAAUGCAGCACAUCACCAAAACCUACUACAAAUACUGUCACAACAAAAACAACAACACCCUCUACCACAACUGAAACAACUCCAACAACUCAGCCAACCACAACCACUACACCCUCUACCACAACUGAAACAAUAACGACAACUGGGCCACCCCCAACUUCAACGUGCCCUGGGGGACAUACCAUGACAUGUGGUUGGACAGAAUGGAUCAAUCUGGGGAAGCCCACACCAGGCACUGAUGGUGGAGAAGAUGAAUCCAUCCAGAAGAUCAUCUCUGCUGGUUAUCAUGUUUGCUCAACUCCAGUCGAUGUCCAGUGUAGAGCUGUUCUUUACCCAGGUCUCUCCAUGUCACAGGUGGGACAAUCUGUCAUUUGCAAUAAAGACGUGGGUCUCAUAUGCAACAACAGUCGACAAGGGCUUCAGCAAGAAUGCUUUGAUUAUGAGAUUAAGUUCGAAUGCUGUGGGUGUCCAACAACUUCUUCUCCUCCUCCCACUACAACUAGUACAACAACUGCUACAACAACAACAACUCCACCACCUAUGACCACUACACCUUCUACAACAACUAAAACAACUCCAACAACCCAGCCAACCACAACCACUACACCUUCCACUACAACUGAAACAACACCAACAACCCAGCCAACCACUACACCUUCUACAACAACUGAAACAACACCAACAACACAGCCAACCACAACCACCACACCCUCUACCACACCUGAAACAACAACUACAACUGGGCCACCCCCAACUUCAACGUGCCCUGGGGGACAUACUAUGACAUGUGGUUGGACAGAAUGGAUCAAUCUGGGGAAGCCCACACCAGGCACUGAUGGUGGAGAAUAUGAAUCCAUCCAGAAGAUCAUCUCUGCUGGUUAUCAUGUUUGCUCAACUCCAGUCAAUGUCCAGUGUAGAGCUGUUCUUUACCCAGGUCUUUCCAUGUCACAGGUUGGACAAUCUGUGAUUUGCAAUAAAGACGUGGGUCUCAUAUGCAACAACAGUCGACAAGGGCUUCAGCAAGAAUGCUUUGAUUAUGAGAUCAAGUUCGAAUGUUGUGGGUGUCCAACACCAUCUUCUCCUCCUCCUACUACAACUAGUGCAACAACUGCUACUACAACAGCAACUCCGCCACCUACAACCACUACACCUUCUACCACAACUGAAACAACACCAACAACCCAACCAACCACUACAACUGAAACAUCACCAACAACCCAGCCAACCACAACCACUACACCUUCUACAACAACUGAAACAACACCAACAACUCAGCCAACCACAACCACCACACCUUCUACAACAACUAAAACAACACCAACAACUCAGCCAACUACAACCACUACACCCUCUACCACAACUGAAACAACAACUACAACUGGGCCACCCCCCACUUCAACUUGCCCUGGUGGACAUACCAUGACAUGUGGUUGGACAGAAUGGAUCAAUCUGGGGAAGCCCACACCAGGCACUGAUGGUGGAGAAGAUGAAUCCAUCCAGAAGGUCAUCUCUGCUGGUUAUCAUGUUUGCUCAACUCCAGUGGACGUCCAGUGUAGAGCUGUUCUUUACCCAGGUCUUUCCAUGUCACAGGUGGGACAAUCUGUCAUUUGCAAUAAAGACGUGGGUCUCAUAUGCAACAACAGUCGACAAGGGCUUCAGCAAGAAUGCUUUGAUUAUGAGAUCAAGUUCGAAUGUUGUGGGUGUCCAACACCAUCUUCUCCUCCUCCUACUACAACUAGUACAACAACUGCUACUACAACAGCAACUCCGCCACCUACAACCACUACACCUUCUACCACAACUGAAACAACACCAACAACCCAACCAACCACUGCAACUGAAACAUCACCAACAACCCAGCCAACCACAACCACUACACCUUCUACAACAACUGAAACAACACCAACAACUCAGCCAACCACAACCACCACACCUUCUACAACAACUAAAACAACACCAACAACUCAGCCAACUACAACCACUACACCCUCUACCACAAUUGAAACAACAACUACAACUGGGCCACCCCCCACUUCAACUUGCCCUGGUGGACAUACCAUGACAUGUGGUUGGACAGAAUGGAUCAAUCUGGGGAAGCCCACACCAGGCACUGAUGGUGGAGAAGAUGAAUCCAUCCAGAAGAUCAUCUCUGCUGGUUAUCAUGUUUGCUCAACUCCAGUCGACGUCCAGUGUAGAGCUGUUCUUUACCCAGGUCUUUCCAUGUCACAGGUGGGACAAUCUGUCAUUUGCAAUAAAGACGUGGGUCUCAUAUGCAACAACAGUCGACAAGGGCUUCAGCAAGAAUGCUUUGAUUAUGAGAUCAAGUUCGAAUGCUGUGGGUGUCCAACACCAUCUUCUCCUCCUCCUACUACAACUAGUACAACAACUGCUACAACAACAACAACUCCACCACCUACGACCACUACACCUUCUACCACAACUGACAUCCAGCCAACCACAACCACUACAACUGAAACAACACCAACAACCCAGCCAACCACAACCACUACACCUUCUACAACAACUGAAACAACACCAACAACUCAGCCAACCACAACCACUACACCCUCUACCACAACUGAAACAACAACUACAACUGGGCCACCCCCAACUUCAGCGUGCCCUGGGGGACAUACUAUGACAUGUGGUUGGACAGAAUGGAUCAAUCUGGGGAAGCCCACACCAGGCACUGAUGGUGGAGAAGAUGAAUCCAUCCAGAAGAUCAUCUCUGCUGGUUAUCAUGUUUGCUCAACUCCAGUCAACGUCCAGUGUAGAGCUGUUCUUUACCCAGGUCUUUCCAUGUCACAGGUGGGACAAUCUGUGAUUUGCAAUAAAGACGUGGGUCUCAUAUGCAACAACAGUCGACAAGGGCUUCAGCAAGAAUGCUUUGAUUAUGAGAUCAAGUUCGAAUGCUGUGGGUGUCCAACACCAUCUUCUCCUCCUCCUACUACAACUAGUACAACAACUGCUACAACAACAACAACUCCACCACCUACGACCACUACACCUUCUACCACAACUGACAUCCAGCCAACCACAACCACUACAACUGAAACAACACCAACAACCCAGCCAACCACAACCACUACACCUUCUACAACAACUGAAACAACACCAACAACUCAGCCAACCACAACCACUACACCCUCUACCACAACUGAAACAACAACUACAACUGGGCCACCCCCAACUUCAGCGUGCCCUGGGGGACAUACUAUGACAUGUGGUUGGACAGAAUGGAUCAAUCUGGGGAAGCCCACACCAGGCACUGAUGGUGGAGAAGAUGAAUCCAUCCAGAAGAUCAUCUCUGCUGGUUAUCAUGUUUGCUCAACUCCAGUCAACGUCCAGUGUAGAGCUGUUCUUUACCCAGGUCUUUCCAUGUCACAGGUGGGACAAUCUGUGAUUUGCAAUAAAGACGUGGGUCUCAUAUGCAACAACAGUCGACAAGGGCUUCAGCAAGAAUGCUUUGAUUAUGAGAUCAAGUUCGAAUGUUGUGGGUGUCCAACACCAUCUUCUCCUCCUCCUACUACAACUAGUACAACAACUGCUACAACAACAACAACUCCACCACCUACGACCACUACACCUUCUACCACAACUGACAUCCAGCCAACCACAACCACUACAACUGAAACAACACCAACAACCCAGCCAACCACAACCACUACACCUUCUACAACAACUGAAACAACACCAACAACUCAGCCAACCACAACCACUACACCCUCUACCACAACUGAAACAACAACUACAACUGGGCCACCCCCAACUUCAGCGUGCCCUGGGGGACAUACUAUGACAUGUGGUUGGACAGAAUGGAUCAAUCUGGGGAAGCCCACACAAGGCACUGAUGGUGGAGAAGAUGAAUCCAUCCAGAAGAUCAUCUCUGCUGGUUAUCAUGUUUGCUCAACUCCAGUCGACGUCCAGUGUAGAGCUGUUCUUUACCCAGGUCUUUCCAUGUCACAGGUGGGACAAUCUGUGAUUUGCAAUAAAGACGUGGGUCUCAUAUGCAACAACAGUCGACAAGGGCUUCAGCAAGAAUGCUUUGAUUAUGAGAUCAAGUUCAAAUGCUGUGGGUGUCCAACACCAUCUUCUCCUCCUCCUACUACAAGCAGUACAACAACUGCUACUACAACAGCAACUCCGCCACCUACAACCACUACACCUUCUACCACAACUGAAACAACACCAACAACCCAGCCAACCACAACCACUACAACUGAAACAACACCAACAACCCAGCCAACCACAACCACUACACCUUCUACAACAACUGAAACAACACCAACAACUCAGCCAACCACAACCACCACACCUUCUACAACAACUAAAACAACACCAACAACUCAGCCAACCAUAACCACUAAACCCUCUACCACAACUGAAACAACAACUACAACUGGGCCACCCCCAACUUCAACGUGCCCUGGGGGACAUACUAUGACAUGUGGUUGGACAGAAUGGAUCAAUCUGGGGAAGCCCACACCAGGCACUGAUGGUGGAGAAGAUGAAUCCAUCCAGAAGAUCAUCUCUGCUGGUUAUCAUGUUUGCUCAACUCCAGUCGACGUCCAGUGUAGAGCUGUUCUUUACCCCGGUCUUUCCAUGUCACAGGUGGGACAAUCUGUCAUUUGCAAUAAAGACGUGGGUCUCAUAUGCAACAACAGUCGACAAGGGCUUCAGCAAGAAUGCUUUGAUUAUGAGAUCAAGUUCGAAUGUUGUGGGUGUCCAACACCAUCUUCUCCUCCUCCUACUACAACUAGUACAACAACUGCUACUACAACAGCAACUCCGCCACCAACAACCAUUACACCUUCUACCACAACUGAAACAACACCAACAACCCAACCAACCACUACAACUGAAACAACACCAACAACCCAGCCAACCACAACCACUACACCUUCUACAACAACUGAAACAACACCAACAACUCAGCCAACCACAACCACCACACCUUCUACAACAACUAAAACAACACCAACAACUCAGCCAACUACAACCACUACACCCUCUACCACAACUGAAACAACAACUACAACUGGGCCACCCCCCACUUCAACUUGCCCUGGGGGACAUACCAUGACAUGUGGUUGGACAGAAUGGAUCAAUCUGGGGAAGCCCACACCAGGCACUGAUGGUGGAGAAGAUGAAUCCAUCCAGAAGAUCAUCUCUGCUGGUUAUCAUGUUUGCUCAACUCCUGUCGACGUCCAGUGUAGAGCUGUUCUUUACCCAGGUCUUUCCAUGUCACAGGUGGGACAAUCUGUGAUUUGCAAUAAAGACGUGGGUCUCAUAUGCAACAACAGUCGACAAGGGCUUCAGCAAGAAUGCUUUGAUUAUGAGAUCAAGUUCGAAUGCUGUGGGUGUCCAACACCUUCUUCUACUCCCCCCACUACAACUAGUACGACAACUGCUACAACAACAACAACUCCACCACCUACGACCACUACACCUUCUACCACAACUGAAACCCAGCCAACCACAACCACUACAACUGAAACAACACCAACAACCCAGCCAACCACAACCACUACACCUUCUACAACAACUGAAACAACACCAACAACUCAGCCAACCACAACCACUACACCCUCUACCACAACUGAAACAACAACUACAACUGGGCCACCCCCAACUUCAACGUGCCCUGGGGGACAUACUAUGACAUGUGGUUGGACAGAAUGGAUCAAUCUGGGGAAGCCCACUCCAGGCACUGAUGGUGGAGAAGAUGAAUCCAUCCAGAAGAUCAUCUCUGCUGGUUAUCAUGUUUGCUCAACUCCUGUCGACGUCCAGUGUAGAGCUGUUCUUUACCCAGGUCUUUCCAUGUCACAGGUGGGACAAUCUGUGAUUUGCAAUAAAGACGUGGGUCUCAUAUGCAACAACAGUCGACAAGGGCUUCAGCAAGAAUGCUUUGAUUAUGAGAUCAAGUUCGAAUGCUGUGGGUGUCCAACACCUUCUUCUCCUCCUCCUACUACAACUAGUACGACAACUGCUACAACAACAACAACUCCACCACCUACGACCACUACACCUUCUACCACAACUGAAACCCAGCCAACCACAACCACUACAACUGAAACAACACCAACAACCCAGCCAACCACAACCACUACACCUUCUACAACAACUGAAACAACACCAACAACUCAGCCAACCACAACCACUACACCCUCUACCACAACUGAAACAACAACUACAACUGGGCCACCCCCAACUUCAACGUGCCCUGGGGGACAUACUAUGACAUGUGGUUGGACAGAAUGGAUCAAUCUGGGGAAGCCCACUCCAGGCACUGAUGGUGGAGAAGAUGAAUCCAUCCAGAAGAUCAUCUCUGCUGGUUAUCAUGUUUGCUCAACUCCAGUUGACGUCCAGUGUAGAGCUGUUCUUUACCCAGGUCUUUCCAUGUCACAGGUGGGACAAUCUGUCAUUUGCAAUAAAGACGUGGGUCUCAUAUGCAACAACAGUCGACAAGGGCUUCAGCAAGAAUGCUUUGAUUAUGAGAUCAAGUUUGAAUGCUGUGGGUGUCCGACAUCAUCUUCUCCUCCUCCUACUACAACUAGUACAACAACUGCUACUACAAUAACAACUCCGCCACCUACAACCACUACACCUUCUACCACAACUGAAACAACACCAACAACCCAACCAACCACAACCACUACAACUGAAACAACACCAACAACCCAGCCAACCACAACCACUACACCUUCUACAACAACUGAAACAACACCAACAACUCAGCCAACCACAACCACCACACCUUCUACAACAACUAAAACAACACCAACAACUCAGCCAACUACAACCACUACACCCUCUACCACAACUGAAACAACAACUACAACUGGGCCACCCCCUACCUCAACUUGCCCUGGUGGACAUACCAUGACAUGUGGUUGGACAGAAUGGAUCAAUCUGGGGAAGCCCACACCAGGCACUGAUGGUGGAGAAGAUGAAUCCAUCCAGAAGAUCAUCUCUGCUGGUUAUCAUGUUUGCUCAACUCCAGUCAAUGUCCAGUGUAGAGCUGUUCUUUACCCAGGUCUUUCCAUGUCACAGGUGGGACAAUCUGUGAUUUGCAAUAAAGACGUGGGUCUCAUAUGCAACAACAGUCGACAAGGGCUUCAGCAAGAAUGCUUUGAUUAUGAGAUCAAGUUCGAAUGCUGUGGGUGUCCAACACCUUCUUCUACUCCUCCCACUACAACUAGUACGACAACUGCUACAACAACAACAACUCCACCACCUACGACCACUACACCUUCUACCACAACUGAAACAACACCAACAACCCAGCCAACCACAACUACCACACCCUCCACCACAACUGAAACAACACCAACUCCUCAGCCAACCACAACCACCACACCUUCUACAACAACUGAAACAACUACUACAAGUCAGCCCCCUACAACCAGUACACCUUCUACCACAACUGAAACAACAACUACAACUGGGCCACCCCCAACUUCAAUGUGCCCCGGGGGACAUACCAUGACAUGUGUUUGGACAGAAUGGAUCAAUCUGGGGAAGCCCACACUUGGCCAUGAUGGUGGAGAAGAUGAAUCCAUUGAUAAAAUAAUCUCUGCUGGUUAUCAUGUUUGCUCAACUCCAGUGGACGUCCAGUGUAGAGCUGUUCUUUACCCAGGUCUUUCCAUGUCACAGGUGGGACAAUCUGUCAUUUGCAAUAAAGACGUGGGUCUCAUAUGCAACAACAGUCAACAAGGGCUUCAGCUAGAAUGCUUUGAUUAUGAGAUCAAGUUUGAAUGCUGUGGGUGUCCAACACCUUCUUCUACUCCUCCCACUACAACUAGUACGACAACUGCUACAACAACAACAACUCCACCACCUACGACCACUACACCUUCUACCACAACUGAGACAACACCAACAACCCAGUCAACCACAACCAUUGCCCCUCCUACAACAACUGAAAAAACACCAACAACCCAGCCAACCACAACCACUACACCUUCUACAACAACUGAAAUAACACCAACAACUCAGCCAACCACAACCACUACAGCUUCUACCACAACUGAAACAACACCAACAACUCAGCCAACCACAACCAGUACACCUUCUACCACAACUGAAACAACAACUACAACUGGGCCACCCCCAACUUCACCUUGCCCUGGAGGACAUCCCAUGACAUGUGGUUGGACAGAAUGGAUCAAUCUGGGGAAGCCCACACCAGGCCCUAAUGGUGGUGAAGAUGAAUCUAUCCAGAAGAUAAUCUCUGCUGGUUAUCAUGUUUGCUCAACUCCUGUCGACGUCCAGUGUAGAGCUGUUCUUUACCCAGGUCUUUCCAUGUCACAAGUGGGACAAGCUGUGACUUGCAAUACAGAUGUGGGUCUCAUAUGCAACAACAGUCAACAAGGGCUUCAGCCAGAAUGCUUUGAUUAUGAGAUCAAAUUUGAAUGCUGUGGUUGUCCACUGCCUUCUCCUCCUCCCUCUACAUUUCCCACCACAGUACUUUCUCCUACAACAAGAACAACACAUAAAACUCACUCACCUACCACUACCCAACCUCUAAGUGUUGUUACAGGGAGCACCUCUCAACAGUCUACUAGUCACCUUAUUUGCCAAUGCUUUCAUAAUGGCACAGAUUUUCUCCCAGGCUCAAUAGUCUACAAUGAGACGGACCAUGAUGGCCACUGUUACAUAGGGUACUGCAAUGAGAACUGUACAGUAGUGCCCAUACAUCACGAGUGUCCCAUACCACCAAAAGAGUGUGUCAAUGUGUAUCCUCCAAGAAAGGAUGGUGAAAGCUGGAGGGAGAGUAACUGUAGUGUAGGAACAUGUGAAAAUGGCAAAGUGACCUACAACCAGACACAGUGUCCAAAUCAGAAGCCUGUAGUGUGUGCAAACAACUACCCUGCUAUUGAAGUGAAGGAUGAUGAUGGAUGCUGCACUCACUAUGAAUGUCAAUGUAACUGCUAUGGUUGGGGAGACCCCCAUUAUGUCACCUUCGAUGGAACCUACUAUGGUUUUCAAGGCAACUGUUCCUACUGGCUGGUGAAAGAGAUAAUCCCCAGAUACAACUUCAGUGUUAUGAUCGAUAACUACUACUGUGGUGCACUUGAUGGCCUGUCCUGUCCACAGUCCAUCACUGUCUUCUACAAUAGCUACAAGAUUUUUAUUACCCAGAAGAAUAUUAAUGGCAUUUUCACAAACCAGAUUUCUGUGAAUGACAAGCGUGUAAGUCCUGCUUAUCAGAAUAGUGACUUCCGUAUAACCACAACUGGUAUUGAUACAGUACUCGUCAUCCCUAAAAUCCACGCCAAGGUCACCUUCUCCGGGCUCAUAUUUAGUAUCUACCUGCCAUACAGUGAAUUUGGCAACAACACCUGGGGACAAUGUGGCACAUGUGACAACAACCGGACAGAUGACUGCAUGUUGCCCAGUGGCAAAAUUGAUCCUUCAUGUCCUGAUAUGGCCCAUGAGUGGCAUGCAAACAACACUUACUGUGAACCUCCGGUUCACCCCACACCAACACCUGUGCCUGUCCCAUGCAAUACAUCCAUCUGUGACAUCAUCAAAAGCAGUUUGUUUGAAGGUUGCCACAAGCUCAUUGACUACAGUCCAUUUCUUACGGCGUGUGAGUUUGACGUUUGCCACCUGCACAUUAAUCACAUUGGCUGCUCCAGCUUACAAACCUAUGCUGAUGCCUGUGCUGAGGCCGGAGUGUGUAUUGACUGGAGGAGUGCCACCAAAGGACUCUGUGAGUAUAAAUGUCCAAGUCCAAAAGUGUAUCAGGCCUGUGGCCCUCUGGUGGAGCCUACCUGUGAAUCCUGGUACAACAACAAAUACAUCUAUGCUGUCAAUGAGUUCAGUGCCAUGUUGAAUCUGACACUGGAGGGUUGCUACUGCCCAAAUGGCACCACUCUCCUCUCUUCCAGUUCAGACGAAUGUGUGCCCACCUGUGAAAUUUGCCGCAUGCCAAAUGGAAAAUGGACAAAGGCCAAUACAACAUGGACAGAAGGCUGUGACAUGUGUGUGUGUGAGGAGGACACACUGCAGGUAAUCUGCCAUCCCAUGUCCUGUCCAACACAGCCAGCUCUCACCUGUGACCAAGAAGGUCAGGUCAAGGUCAAUGACACUGUUGGCUGCUGUCAACAAGAGAAAUGUGAGUGUGAUGUUAAGCAGUGCCCUGGUUCAGUGCCAUCCUGUCCUAUUGGUUAUACUCUGAAUGCCACCAUGGGAGUCUGUUGUUUCAAUUAUACUUGUGUGAAAAAGGAUGUGUGUGUUUUCAACAACCAUGAAUAUCAGGUUGGAGAACUGGUGCCCAUGAAUCCAUGUGACAAGUGCAGUUGCACUGAUCAGCCAGAUGCCAGCAGCAAACUACACAAAAUAGAAUGUCAGCCUAUACCUUGUGACACCCACUGCCCUGUGGGUUAUGAGUACCAGAUGGUCUCAGAGAGUUGCUGUGGGAAAUGCGUCCAAACAAGCUGCGUUGUCACACUGUCAAACUCCACACACACAUUAAAGCCUGGCACCAUUUGGACUCCCCCUGGGAACCCCUGUGUGAAGUUCGAGUGUGUGCAGAUCAUCAAUCAGUUCAUCACUGUUGAAGCCAAGACCUUGUGCCCUCCCUUCUACCUUGAUGAUUGCAUACCGGGAACUGAAACCAUAGCUCCAGAUGGAUGCUGCCGUACCUGUAUUCCGAGGGGUCAACCAUGCAAUGUGUCCACCACUGUUAUGUACCUGGAGAGCCAGGGUUGCCAGUCCCAAGAGAAGGUCAACAUCACAUCCUGUAGAGGAGCAUGUGGCACAUUCACCUUCUACUCGAACAAAAUGAAAUCCUUGCAGCACACCUGCUCUUGCUGCCAGGAGUUGGCCACAUCUGAGCGGCAGAUCCAGCUCACCUGCCCUGACAACACAGAGCUCACCUACACCUACAUCCACAUUGAAGCCUGCGGGUGCCUCAAGACAGACUGCUCCGUGCCAGGCCAGAGUCAAAAGACUGCCACUCCGCCCAGCAUCAAGUCACGUCGAUAAAGGAGAUAAAGCAAAACCCCUGACUAGCACAUUGUCACUUAUUAGCAUGAUUUUUUAAGGACCAUGACUGAGCAUUCAUAAUUGAAUGACUGUCCGCUUCAUUUGCAUACAUAAUCCUUCUAUUUAUGCCUAAUGUAUUAGUUUAUUUAGACUGAGCUUGAUAUAAUUGUAAACCACAAAGAUCUCAUGAAUAAAAAUCAUACUGUA